CGCGCAGGGUCCGCCGGCCCCGCGCCCCUCACAGCGCCCGCCGCCCUCAGCGCCGCCCGCACCGCCAGCACCGCCGCGGGGAUCGGCCCUGAGGGGCGCCGGAUUGAAUUUCUCUCUGGCUGAGGUUCCUUCAGCUGCAGGAUGGAGAUGAGUCGGGAGAAGCUGUGUGCCAGCAAGGCUGAYGGGGGCUCAGACUCUGCCUACCACUGCUCGGCGUGUCACGACCCCGAGGAGUGGGGCAGCACGAGCCGGGGACGAGCCAAGUCACGGAGUUUGUCUGCUUCACCAGCCCUUGGAAGCACCAAAGAAUUCAGGAGAACGCGCUCCUUGCACGGACCAUGCCCAGUGACCACGUUUGGACCAAAGGCCUGUAUGCUGCAGAAUCCUAAAACGAUUAUGCACAUUCAGGACCCAGCAAGCCAGCGGUUGACAUGGAACAAACCCCCCAAGAGUGUCCUUGUGAUUAAGAAGAUCCGUGAUGCCAGUCUGCUGCAGCCCUUCAAAGAGCUCUGUGUGUACCUCACCGAGGAGAACAACAUGAUUGUGUACGUAGAAAAAAAAGUGCUGGAAGACCCUGCUAUAGCUAAUGAUGAGAAUUUUGGACCAGUGAAGAAGAAAUUUUGCACCUUCAGAGAAGAUUAUGAUGAUAUCUCCAAUCAGAUUGACUUUAUCAUAUGUCUGGGAGGAGAUGGGACCUUACUUUAUGCUUCUUCACUUUUCCAGGGUAGUGUCCCUCCAGUUAUGGCUUUUCAUCUGGGAUCCCUUGGAUUUCUUACUCCAUUUAAUUUUGAGAAUUUUCARUCCCAAGUCACUCAGGUUAUAGAAGGCAACGCAGCCCUCGUUCUCCGGAGCCGGCUCAAAGUGAAGGUGGUGAAGGAGCACAGAGAGAAAAUGACUUUACAGAAUGGGAUAGAGGAGAAUGGAGUUGUGUCUGCAAACCUGGAGAAGGAAGUGGGCAAGCAAAUUAUGCAAUAUCAGGUCCUCAAUGAGGUGGUGGUGGAUCGUGGCCCUUCCUCCUACCUGUCCAACGUGGAUGUGUUCCUGGAUGGGCACCUGAUAACCACAGUGCAGGGAGAUGGUGAGUGCUGCUUUCAUGGCUUCCAUUGCUCUUUUYCUGGAGCAUUUCCUGCUGGAACCAGAGCUGACAGCAAACACGAGAGUGCACAGAAUAGGUGUGGUGGUUAUUCCUUCUGUGAAGCUUUAAGUGUUUCUUCAUGGCACUGCCCACAACCCACAGUUCCUUUCAUGUCAGUGGCUGUUACUGCCAGUGAUUUGGACCUUGAGUGCUGUUACUGCGCUGCUGCCAUGGGCAGAGAUGAGGAAUUCCAAAGACUCAACUCAGUGCUCAGAGGGAGGGUGGAGGAGGUGUUUGUUCCUUGCUUUUGGAGUUUUGGACCCAAAGUUCAGCUGAUUUCUGGUUUUUUUUUUCAGAUUAUGCUCUCCCCAGAUGCCAGGAACACGGCGUGGGUUUCGUUUGAUGGAAGGAAGAGGCAGGAAAUCUGCCACGGAGACAGUAUCAGCAUCACUACCUCGUGCUACCCCCUCCCUUCCAUCUGCUUCCGUGACCCCGUCAGUGACUGGUUCGAGAGCCUGGCCGAGUGCCUGCACUGGAACGUGCGCAAGAAACAGAACAACUUCGCYGUGGAGGAGGAGGAAUUCUGAGCAUCUGUGUCCCCCAGGACUGCUGGGAAUGGAAUGGAAUGGAAAAUGGAAAUGGAAAAUGGAAAGGAAUGGGGCAGUUUCCCUCCUCUCUGCUGGGAUUUUGGAGCUCUCGGUGUGGCCACCACCCUGGUUAUGGUUUAUAUCCCUCACACCCGUGGCUGGGAAGGGUUGUGUUCCUUCCUGUCCCUCGAGAGAAGGAGUGGAAGGCUUUGAUGGUUCUAAUCCCGUGUGAAUCUCCUCCCCAAUGAGCGGUCUGAGAGUGGAUUGUUCCUGAUUUUUAUCACCAACCACAUCUGCAGCUUUGAUUGUAACUUCUACCUUACCAGUUCCAUGGUAGGCUGAAUGUAGCUACACCAGGGAAAAGUGGCAGCAGAAAAGUGGCAUUAAAAAAUCUCCUCUUUUCAUUUGGUAGAUUUGUAACUCCAUUUAACACUACUAGGAAUAGAAAGGCUCAGAGAAGUUUUCUUUUUUCUUUUUUAAAAAAAACAAAAGCUCCUSUUUGUUAUCUUCAGUACACUUUGCCCAGAAAAUACUUUCUUACUUGCAAGUGUGACACACUGAAGAAACACCCACAAAGGAUGUUUUUUUAUUCAUAGAUGGAAUUAGUAAUUAAAAGUAUAUAUUUUUGAUAUAUACAUUUCUCUCUCUUGUGCCCAUUGGAGCAGUGGUUGACYCUUGGCUGUCAGCACUGUGGAAAURCCCACGAACAGCAGYGAUGAGCAUUGGUUAUUACAGKUUUUGUAGCUGGGCUAAUUCUGCAGUUCCUCUUUGGUAGGAAUCAUCAUCCAURUGUUGGUUUAAUUAUUAUUUUUGUUUGAUUCCCUGGGAUAAAUGGUAGCAUUACAGACUAUCAUGUUUCUAAAAAAACAAAAUUCAAGCAUUCAAGAAGAAUCUGCACUUGGAUUGCUGCUGUAUUAUAGUUCCAUUAUUAUCCUGAAAAAAAUACCGUGUUCUAGAUCCUGAAUGCCCUCAACUUCCAUGGAAACUUUCCAACUCUUGGUGCUGAGAAAUCCAGGAUGGGAUGGAAAAACGAGAGGACACAUUCCCAGCGGAGUAGCAACGGUGCCUUCAGCACRCUCAAGAUAAUUCUAAGUCUCACAUUUACUUUUUUUAAGAUGCUUUCAAACCUUUCUAACUUCUCUCUGUACAUAUUUUAUCGUACGUGCUUUUAUGAAAGAACAAAACAACCCCAACGGAAGAACUGAUUGGGGAGGAAAUUAAAGGGUUUGUGCUGUACUUUACCUGUAAAAGAGCAAACCCAAGGAUAAUGUUUACAUUUAUGUUCUCUGUGGUGCAGUCUCAUCAUCAUCUUAUCCAAACUUCAGCGUUUUCCAGUCUUGCUGCAUCGUCAUUAAAGGAAGGGAAAGGAGCUGUUCAGUGUUUCAUUAAUUGAGUUCACUGAUUGAGGUGGGAUUGCCUUGGGAAUGUGAAUCUCUGCGGAACUUUGUUCAUGAUUGUCUUACGUUGUUUCACGUGGUCCAAAGUGGAAAUGGGAAAUGGGUUCAUUUCCAAACUCUGCCUGACCUGCUGUCCUCUGAUCUUUCAAUAAUGUCUCGUCCUUUUUGGAUGCUGCCCUGGGCCGAGUUCAUGAAAUGCAGGCGAGAGCACUUUUCCAGAAAAGAGAAGCAAACUCUUGGGUAACAAAUCACAAUGAAAGUGUGUUCAUAUAAAUUAAUGCUUGGUUUGUACAUUUUGUAAAAUARAAUAUUGGUUUGAUUUGGUCAAAACCAGAUGGAUUUUUGGGAUAUUUUGGAGAAUAUCCAGAGAGCUUUUGGGAUUUCUCUUUCACUUGAAUCUGCAGUAAUUGUUUUAUCACUGUUUUGAAGCUGCUUACGGGUUUCCUGAGUGGAGUAUUCAGUUAUUUGAUAACUGGUUACUUUUCUGAGCUAGAGAAGUGUCAGGCUUUUUGCUUUGAAACUAUUUUAUUUAAACAUGCAAUAAUUGAGAGAAGGAACAGGGUCUGGUGUCUAGAGAAACGUGUGGAUGAGUGGAGAAUGAGCAGUUCUAGGCACCCUGGGGAGUGGAAAUCAUUUUGCAGAGGUGAAAUGAUUUAUGAGCCUUAUCUAGUAUUUUUUUAAAGAUAACACUAUAUUCAGCACUUUUUAUUUAUGCUUUUUAUAAUAGUAAAGCUAUUCUUGACUAAAUUGCCGAACUUUUAAUUUUCAGAGUGCACAGGUCCUGAAAUCUGUAAUCAAAGUGUACUGAACUACUUUAGAUCUACAUUAGGGGUUGGCUUGAAAUUUUUUUUUCUGAUUUCUCAUCGGCUGCAAUUGCAUUGCAGGCUCUGAGGCUGCUGCAGCUUUGCUCAUAUUAAAUUCCUGCCGAGAAAAAAACAAUUUUUGGGGGGCUGAUCAGCCCAGCAGAGCUGCUGGAGGCAGGGCAGUCACUCCAAAAGCUCCAAAAAUCUGCCUYGAUUCUCCCUGAAGCAGCUGCUUGAGAUCCAGGCACAGCCCAGGCUGUGGUAAAACAUCACAAAAUCCCUUUUCAAGGUUUUUAAUCUGCAAACUGCAGGAGAGGGAGGCUGGAGCAGCCCUGGAGUUCUGUGUUUGAGCUGCUCCAGGUGAGGGGGAGUCAGAAAAAAAGCUGCAAUGCACCUCACUUUAUUGGCAAUAAAACCUCGUUUUGCUGAUGUAGCUUAUUCAGAAUAACUUGGUGAAACUGUGCUUAAAAAUAAAAAAGGGGGUUUGCUGAUUAAGAGUUUCUAAUUAAAGGGUUUGUAAGUCACUGGUACCUACAAAUCCUUUCGUCUACAAAGGGCCAAAACAAGMUGGGAAAUUAAUUUGGUUUUCUUAAAAAAAAAGAA